GAGAGAAAGAGAGAGAGAGAGAGAGAGAGAGAGAGAGAAUGGGGGAACCUGAAGAAGCAGUGAGAGAGAAGUCCAACGGUGAGUUCGCGGAGGUUAGUGGGAAGGGAAGGCACGACGACGGAGUCAGUCUCGACGGCGUACUCCGGCGUGUGGGGGCUGAGAUUUUCUUCCCGAAUCCAGAUUCCGCGUACGGGUCGAGUCCUGUCAUCCACCGGAUCAAAGCCUCUCUCUCCGAGAACGUUCCUCUCCUCCGCCAAGCUUCCCGGAACACCGGCCGCGAUGUCCUUCUCUGGGCUCGUCGUGGAACUCCUCUCCGUGCCCUCCUUGUUGUAUCUGUUGGAACUAUUGGGCUUCUGGCCUUGACAGGACUGGUAGUCUUUAUGCUUUUCUUUCUGGCAGCAACCGUCAAUGCCAUUAUAAUUUCUCUUCUUGUGUCUUUAGCUGCGGCAGGGGGCUUCUUGGCUCUUUUCUUUACCUGUGUGACGGCAAUUUACAUUGGGGCAUUAUCAGUAGCUGUGUUUGUUAUUUCCACUGCAACAAUUUCAGCAAUCAUAGCUGUUCUGAUUGCUACAAGUUGGAUUGGAUUCUUUUGGACUGUGUGGUUGGCAACAAAGAAAAGCGUGGGGCUCGCGAAGCAUUCGUUGACUGUGACUGGAUCAGCGCUUUCUGCUUACUCUUCUGCCCGGCAUGUUCGCAGCCGUCAUGAGCAUGAUAAAGUUUCAGAUUGAUUGAAUUGCUGCUGUAGAAACUAGUCUGUGUAGAAAUUUAAUAAUAAUAAUAAAAAAAGGCAGUUUGUAGUCUUGUGUCGUAAUGUUUGAAGUACAUAUGUUGCACUACUGUGACUGGACCAGCGCUUUCUGCUUACUCUUCUGCCCGGCAUGUUCGCAGCCGUCAUGUGCAUGAUAAAGUUUCAGAUUGAUUGAAUUGCUGCUGUAGAAACUAGUCCGUGUAGAAAUUUAAUAAUAAUAAUAAAAAAAGGCAGUUUGUAGUCUUGUGUAGAUAUGUUUGAAAUACAUAUGUUGCACUACUACCUUAUUGAGAUGUGUGCCACAGUAUUAUAUUGUUGCUGC